UCCCGCUUCCGGGAGUCCUCGGUUCCUCGGGGCGCACGGCAGCGGGCACGGUGGCGGCGACGGCGGCGGCUGAGCGGCGGGGGCUCGGCCCCGGCUCGCCCCACCGCACCGUCGGCACGGCGCCAGCCGCAGCGCUGAGGGCAGCGGGGCAGCCGCCGCUGAGGGCAAGGCCAGAAAACCAUGCAGUCAUCAGGGCACAGAUUCCGUGAUGUCGAGCACCACCCACUUCUUGCUGAAAAUGACAGCUAUGAUUCCUCUUCCUCAGAGGCUGACAUGGCAGAGAGGGUUUGGUUCAUCCGAGAUGGCUGCGGUAUGGUCUGUGCUAUAAUGACAUGGCUUCUGGUUGUCUAUGCAGACUUCGUAGUGACUUUUGUCAUGUUGCUGCCUUCCAAAGACUUUUGGUACUCGGUGAUCAACGGUGUUCUCUUUAACUGCUUGGCAGUACUAGCUUUGUCAUCGCAUCUGAGAACGAUGCUAACCGAUCCAGGGGCUGUACCCAAAGGAAAUGCCACUAAAGAAUACAUGGAUAAUUUGCAACUGAAACCAGGAGAAGUGAUCUACAAGUGUCCGAAGUGCUGUAGUAUCAAACCUGAACGUGCACACCACUGCAGUAUUUGCAAACGAUGUAUUCGAAAGAUGGAUCACCACUGCCCAUGGGUCAAUAAUUGUGUGGGGGAGAAAAAUCAGAGAUUUUUUGUUCUGUUUACGAUGUAUAUAGCCCUAAUUUCAGCUCAUGCGCUCAUACUGUGUGGUUUUCAGUUUUUCUCCUGUGUCCGAGGGCAGUGGACUGAAUGCAGUGACUUCUCACCACCUGUAACUGUGAUCCUGAUGAUCUUCUUGUGCCUUGAGGGUUUUCUGUUUCUCACUUUCACUGCAGUCAUGUUUGGCACCCAGAUCCACUCAAUAUGCAAUGAUGAAACGGAGAUUGAAAGACUGAAGAGUGAAAAGCCAACAUGGGAGCGAAGACUACGUUGGGAAGGAAUGAAAUCUGUUUUUGGGGGUCAACCUUCACUCCUGUGGAUCAAUCCUUUUGCAGGGUUUCGAAUCAGGCGACUUCUACUGAGAGCAAAGAAAGGAGGACCUGAGUUUUCUGUUUGAGUCUAGUUAUGCUGAAUUUAGGAGAAUACUAUAUAAUAUUUAUUUUGGGGCCAGAGAAGGCUGUCUACAUAUAAUCUGUGACCAGGUGAAACUGAUAUCGGACAUUUGCUUGUAGCAAGCAGAGUUUUAUACGUUUAUUGUCACAGACAUCUCAUUAACGUUCAGAGACGUGAACUGGAUCUGUAAUGGUCUUAACAGCAAGAUAACAAAGGAAAAGCACGUGGUCACACUAAAGAA